AUGAGACUCGGCAACAUGGAAGAGUUUUGGACCUUUGGGACUCCCUUUCUGAAAUACGAAAGGUCACUUGCCCGACAUUUUAAGCUUCUGAUUCUGAACAUAAAGCCACUGAAUUCAGAUUACUUUCAGUGGCAGCUCCUCAUAUGCGGGCAUUUCAUCUUUCGAAUUGCAGCAGUUUCAGGCGCAGUUUUUGCUCGAGUUGCCAUGGGAACAGCUUGUGACUUAUUCGGUCCUCGAUUAGCCUCUGCUGCACUCACCCUUAUAACCGCACCAGCUGUUUACUGCACUGCCAUUGCCAAUUCUGCUGCCUCGUUUCUUUUAGUCCGUUUUUUCACAGGCUUCUCCCUUGCAACUUUUGUCUCAACUCAGUUCUGGAUGAGCUCUUUGUUCUCUUCUAAGGUCGUUGGCACAGCAAACGGCAUUGCAGGCGGGUGGGGCAAUCUUGGAGGUGGCGCAACACAGCUUAUCAUGCCUCUUGUCUUUGGGCUUAUCCAUAAUAUUGGUGCAACUAAGUUCACAGCUUGGAGAAUAGCAUUUUUCAUCCCUGCCCUGUUUCAAACUUUAUCAGCAUAUGCUAUUUUCUUCCUCGGCCAAGAUUUACCUGAUGGAAACUACUCACAACUGCAUAAAUCUGGAGAUAAACACAAAGAUAGUUUCUCACAGAUUUUCUAUCAUGCAAUUACAAAUUACAGAGGGUGGAUCCUUGCUUUAACUUAUGGUUAUUGUUUCGGGGUUGAACUUACAAUAGACAACAUAAUUGCACAGUAUUUUUAUGAUAGGUUCAAUGUGAACCUUCAUACUGCUGGAAUUAUUGCGGCUAGUUUUGGAUUGGCAAAUUUAUUCUCACGUCCCGGAGGGGGGAUUCUAUCAGAUAUUAUGGCAAAGAGGUUUGGAAUGAGAGGCAGACUAUGGGCGCUGUGGAUAGUGCAGACAUUGGGUGGCAUUUUCUGCAUUCUUUUAGGUAAAGUAGGAUCUUUGGGUGUUUCUGUUGCUGUAAUGAUUAUAUUUUCCAUCUUCGUGCAAGCUGCGUGCGGCCUUACUUUUGGAAUUGUUCCUUUUGUUUCAAGAAGGUCUUUGGGCAUUAUAUCUGGGAUGACGGGUGGAGGUGGAAAUGUAGGUGCAGUUCUAACUCAAGUAAUUUUCUUUAGAGGAUCAAGAUACUCAACAGAAACCGGUAUAACGCUUAUGGGGGUUAUGAUUAUAUGCUGCACCCUCGUAAUUAUGCUGAUAUACUUCCCACAAUGGGGAGGAAUGUUUUUCGGUCCAUCUUCUGAAGGCACUACUGAAGAAGACUACUACAUGUCUGAAUGGAAUUCGGCAGAGAAAGAGAGAGGCAUUCACAUGGCAAGCAUGAAGUUCUCCGAAAACAGCAGAAGUGAAAGAGGCAAACGGGUAGGAUCUGCACCCUCACCAACUGAUGGGACUCCAAGUACAUACGUGUGA